AUGAAGAUGUUGAUUUUGCUCGGCCUCGUUCUUUCGUCGGUCUAUUCGUGUUCCAACGCUCAACCCCAAGAUCCCGCGGCCUGCUGGAAGUCCAUCAAGACUGUCGAAGGAUGCUUCGAGUCCAUCAUUAGCAUAUUCCGCGGCCACUUUGGGAAUGUCAAGAAGGAAUGCUGCGAAACCGUCAACGGAUUCGCCGACAACUGCUGGCCGAUUAUUUUUCCGAGCAUGCCUUACAUUCGAUUCUUCAUCAAGGGCUUGUGCCUCCUCAAAUAUCCCCAGCUAGAAUCGCCCCGAGGAUGUCACAGAACUGGGUUGUUGGAGACUCCUCGGAGCAAACCCUCCCCACCAACUCCCCCAGCGAGUAAACUGUCGGCUGCUAAAUCAGAUGGAAAUUCUCUGUCCCCAGUGUCAAGUUCGCGUCUUUCGCUUGAUCGAUCCCCACAAUCAGUUAGCUCGAAGCCUGUUAGUGAUCGUCGAAAUGCCAGGGUCCCUACUCCACCUGAGAAAGCGCAAUCACGGUUGGGUUUGGCGAAGUUAUCUGACCUGCAGGCUCAACUGAAUCAAGUUCAAGAAGAUCUAAAGAAAGCCAAUGAGCAAAUAGAAUUUCUCAAGAAAGAGAAAGCUCAGGCACUUGAUGGUCUUAAACAAUCUGAGAAACUGGCAGAAGAAGCCAAUGAGAAAAUAAAAAAGGCAUUGGCAGCUCAAAAACGAGCUGAGGAGGAUUCUGAGAUUGAGAAAUUCCGAGUUAUUGAACUGGAACAGACCGGAAUCGAGGCUGUUCAGAAAAAAAAAGAGGCCUUGCUGAAAGAGGUUGAGUCUAUCAGAAACCAGCACACUGUUGACAUCUCGGCUCUCCUCUCUACCACAGUGGAACUCCAGAUGGUAAGACAAGAAUUGACUAUGACUGCUGAUGCGAAGAACAAGGCACUCUACCAUGCUGAGGAAGCGACGAAGAUCGCUGAAAUUCAGGCAGAUAAGGUUGAGAUUCUCUCUUCUGAGUUAAGCCGGCUAAAGGCGUUGCUUGGUUCAAAGCAAGAAAAAGUGGCUAUAGAAGGAAACGAGGUGGUGUCCAAGCUGAAAUCUGAAAUUGAAAUGUUGAGGGGGGAGCUUGAAAAAGUUGGUAUCCUUGAGAAAACUCUGAAGGAACAAGAAGGUACCAGUGAACAGCUUCACGUUGAUCUAGAAGCUGCUAAAAUGGUUGAAUCUUGUGCUAAUAACUUAGCAGCAGAGUGGAAGAACAAGGCCGAUGAACUGGAAAAACAAGUUGAAGAAUCGAACAAAUUGAAGAGAUCUACUUCAGAAUCUAUGGAGUUUGUUAUGAAGCAACUAGAGGAAAACAAUCAGUUGCUGCAUAAGGCAAAUUCUGAAAACGAUACGCUAAAAGAAAAGGUAGAGUUAUUAGAGAUGACGAUUGGACAACAAAAACGAGAUCUUGAGGAAUCAGAACGUCAAGUUAGCAUUGCAAAGGAAGAAAGUUCUAAGCUGGAAAAACUUGUUUCGGUUACUUUGUCCCGUUUGUUUCGGUUACCGACAGUCAUAAAGGGUCGUACAUCGGGAACUGGGUUGUUGGAGACUCCUCGGAGCAAACCCUCCCCACCAACUCCCCCAGCGAGUAAACUGUCGGCUGCUAAAUCAGAUGGAAAUUCUCUGUCCCCAGUGUCAAGUUCGCGUCUUUCGCUUGAUCGAUCCCCACAAUCAGUUAGCUCGAAGCCUGUUAGUGAUCGUCGAAAUGCCAGGGUCCCUACUCCACCUGAGAAAGCGCAAUCACGGUUGGGUUUGGCGAAGUUAUCUGACCUGCAGGCUCAACUGAAUCAAGUUCAAGAAGAUCUAAAGAAAGCCAAUGAGCAAAUAGAAUUUCUCAAGAAAGAGAAAGCUCAGGCACUUGAUGGUCUUAAACAAUCUGAGAAACUGGCAGAAGAAGCCAAUGAGAAAAUAAAAAAGGCAUUGGCAGCUCAAAAACGAGCUGAGGAGGAUUCUGAGAUUGAGAAAUUCCGAGUUAUUGAACUGGAACAGACCGGAAUCGAGGCUGUUCAGAAAAAAAAAGAGGCCUUGCUGAAAGAGGUUGAGUCUAUCAGAAACCAGCACACUGUUGACAUCUCGGCUCUCCUCUCUACCACAGUGGAACUCCAGAUGGUAAGACAAGAAUUGACUAUGACUGCUGAUGCGAAGAACAAGGCACUCUACCAUGCUGAGGAAGCGACGAAGAUCGCUGAAAUUCAGGCAGAUAAGGUUGAGAUUCUCUCUUCUGAGUUAAGCCGGCUAAAGGCGUUGCUUGGUUCAAAGCAAGAAAAAGUGGCUAUAGAAGGAAACGAGGUGGUGUCCAAGCUGAAAUCUGAAAUUGAAAUGUUGAGGGGGGAGCUUGAAAAAGUUGGUAUCCUUGAGAAAACUCUGAAGGAACAAGAAGGUACCAGUGAACAGCUUCACGUUGAUCUAGAAGCUGCUAAAAUGGUUGAAUCUUGUGCUAAUAACUUAGCAGCAGAGUGGAAGAACAAGGCCGAUGAACUGGAAAAACAAGUUGAAGAAUCGAACAAAUUGAAGAGAUCUACUUCAGAAUCUAUGGAGUUUGUUAUGAAGCAACUAGAGGAAAACAAUCAGUUGCUGCAUAAGGCAAAUUCUGAAAACGAUACGCUAAAAGAAAAGGUAGAUCAUAAAGGGUCGUACAUCGGGGUAAAAGGCGAGGCCAUAUACAUACCGCCUUAUCCAUGCAUGCCCACCGACACUUGCGGGGCCGGAGACGCUUACGCUUCGGGAAUCAUGUAUGGUAUGCUGAGAGGCGUCUCAGACAUAAAGGGGACGGGAAGUUUGGCGGCCAGAACCGCUGCCACGGUCGUCGGACAACAAGGGACGAGGCUGCGGGUUCAGGGCGCGUUGGAUAUCGCUCGAACUUACGCCUUCGGUCUGAACAGCUCGGGUUUCCGAAACGACGUCAGGUCUGAUGAGAUCUUGAGCUUGUGA